CGCGCCCAGGAGCCACUUCCUCCUCCCUCUUUGUUGUGUCACGGGCUUCCCUGCGCGUCACGUGACUCCGGCUCGCCUGCGCAGCCAUGAUGCAGGAAGAUUUGGACGAUGGCCCCGAUUUUCUUUCAGAAGAAGACAGAGGACCUAGACCAAUCAAUGUGGAUCUUCAAACAGAUGGCACUCUUCAGGUUGACAUUUCUGAUGCUCUUAGUGAAAGAGAUAAAGUUAAAUUUACAGUUCACACAAAGAGUACCCUCCCUAAUUUCAAACAAGAUGAAUUUUCUGUAGUUCGUCAGCAUGAAGAAUUUGUCUGGCUUCAUGAUGCUUUUGUUGAAAAUGAAGAGUAUGCUGGCUAUGUGAUCCCACCAGCACCUCCAAAGCCUGACUUUGAUGCUUCAAGAGAUAAACUGCAGAAACUUGGGGAAGGAGAAGGAUCAAUGACGAAGGAAGAAUUCACAAAGAUGAAACAAGAACUUGAAGCUGAGUACCUGGCUAUAUUCAAGAAAACUGUUGCCAUGCACGAAGUAUUCUUGUGUCGUGUAGCUGCACAUCCAGUUCUACGAAAUGACUUAAACUUUCAUGUAUUCUUGGAAUAUAAUCAAGAUCUGAGUAUUCGAGGAAAAAAUAAAAAAGAGAAACUGGAAGAUUUCUUUAAGAAUGUGGUAAAGUCGGCUGAUGAAGUUCUUGUUGCGGGUGUUAAGGAUGUUGAUGAUUUCUUCGAGCACGAGAAAACCUUUCUCCUAGAAUAUAAUAACAGAAUAAAGGAUGCAGCUGUCAAAGUUGACAAAUUGACAAAAUCACAUAAAAGUGUGGCUGAUGACAACAGUAGAAUUAGUUCAAUAUUGUACUCCUUAGGAACGCAAGACUCAACAGAUUUAUGCAAAUUUUUCUUGAAGUUAUCAGAAUUAUUUGAAAAAACAAGGGCCAAAUGCCCCCAUCCAAGAAUCCAGCUGAUGAACCUUGGUUGCAUAAAGACCAAACCUGUAUUAUUUCAGAUGCAGGUCUCACCAGGGCCUUGUAUAAUUCCAAAAAUAGAAGCACGAGUAUCAGCAGAUGAAGACCUAAAGCUUUCUGAUCUUUUGAGGUAUUACUUAAGAGAAUCGCAAGCUGGUAAGGACCUCCUUUAUAGACGAGCAAGGUCUUUGGUGGAUUAUGAAAAUGCAAACAAGCUGUUGGAUAGAGCAAGAGCUAAGAACAAAGAUGUCCUUCAAGCUGAGACCAACCAACAGUUCUGCUGUCAAAAAUUUGAGAAGCUGUCAGAGUCGGCAAAGCAAGAGCUUAUAGACUUCAAAACUCGAAGAGUUGCAGCAUUUCGAAAAAACCUUGUAGAAUUGGCAGAACUGGAACUAAAACAUUCCAAGGGACACUUGCAAUUGCUGCAGAGUUGUCUAGCAGCACUCAAGGGGGACAGUUAACUAUUUUAUGGUUGUUGUAUUAACAAGGGCUGUGUAUAUCGACUCUACAAGGAGAUCACUUGGUAAGCUUUCAUGGUUCCAUAAAGAAGAUUGACUGCAAGAAGGCUCUUUAUACAGCAGAAGUAAACAGCAUUUUUGCAUCUGACGAGAAAAGAGAAAACUUGUAUCAAGAAAUCCCAUUCUGAGAUGCCAUAUAAUAUGUCACUUGCAUUUGAUUGUCCAGAAAUCAAAAUAUUUUCAUUUGCCAAUAUCUUAAAUAUUAUUGUACAUUUAAUUACCAACUAUAUUCAUUUUUACAAUAUCAAAGGCACAAUUUGGAUGUUUUUUUAAAUAAAGGUAAAAAUAAAAUGCAAUACCAUUAAAUGUAUUCCAUAUAGUCAAGUGCAUUGUUUGGCAUUUAGUGCUUUUCCAACAACUUUAUGACAAUUAGUCUUCAUUUUUUAUAUUGGUAACAUUUAUCUUCAACUAAAAAUGUUAAAACUGAAUAUAAUUUCUAAAUUUAAUGUAUAUCUGCCUUAAACUCAGAAUAAUUCCUAAUCAUUGUAUAAUAAACAAGUACACUAGAGAAUGUUUAAA